UCAGGCCUAAUGGCGCUAUCUGAAUUAUUUCGUGCAUCAUGACUGUCGGCGCGUCGUGUGAUAGUGGUAUCACUGCCGUUGCCGGAUUCAAGAUGUAGGGGAGCGCGUUUAAAUUGCCUGUUCCACCAUACACGACGAUGGCAGACUUUAACGACGGGGUGGACGGAAAGCUGGCGUUUAGAAUGCGAAAGGUCAACCCGGAGCAAUUUCACACGCUCGUAAAAAUGCACCUGUCCUUCGAAUUGGAUCUCAAUACGGAAGACGAUGGUACUAAUGAGAAGGCAAGGUUGAAGAAAUGGGGUCUCCUAAGCUUCACCAAGAAAUCCAAGUCUUCGGUUAAUUUGGAUAAAGGUACAGAAGGUGGCAUGUUGUCUGAGGAUGGUAUCAAUCACUUGACGCAACUGAUAGAUUAUCUGUCUAAGGAACAAAAUAUCACACAAGAGGGAAUAUUCCGACGAACCGGAAAGCUAACGAGGCAGCAAGACUUGAAAACAGCAAUGUCUCAAGGCGUAUUUUUAGAUCUUGACGAUAGUAGAUUCAGUGUACACGAUUGUGCCUCCGUGUUAAAAGGGUUCCUGGCAGAGCUAUCUGAACCGCUCCUGACAGACCUACAUUAUCCGGCGCAUUGUCAGAUUGCUGAAUUGUGCAGCUUGGAUGCAAAAACGAACGACGCGAGAUUAUUGAGUUCCUUACAAUUAUUGCUGCUGCUUUUGCCAUCCCCUAACAGAAUUUUACUGAAAGCUAUUCUCACCCUGUUGAAUAAGACAGCGAGUUACGAGCAUAGUAAUAAAAUGAACAGCGACACGCUGGCCACUCUCUUUACGCCACACCUAUUGUGCCCACGAAAGCUGUCACCCGAGGCCUUGCAUAUCAAUUCUCAGAAUCUGUCGUGUCUGGUCGCAUACAUGAUUAGGAAAGGUACGGAGUUGUUUGAGAUUCCACCGAAAUUGGCUACAGAUAUAAGAGCGUACUGGUUGGAACAAGAGAGGAAAUUAUUGAGCCCUAAGAAGACUGAUCUGAACGAGUCGGUACCGGACGCAACUAGUACAGCCCAUACCGUGUUCAGUUUCGUCGAUCGUAAAUUAACGGCGAAGGCCAAUUCCACGCAAGACACGCAGGCAGCCUUGGCUCAGUUGUACGCACAUAUACAAGCCAUGCCAGAAUCUGCCAAGAAGCGACGACUUGUGAAACAAUUUAACAAGGAAAAUGGACAAGGUACACCUAGGCACGUGAAGAAUUGUAAAACUAAGAGUCUCGGAGAUUCCAUCAAGAAACAUAUUUUUCAAAAGAAGAGCCACAAAAAGUUCGUCAACAUUAAUAUCGGAUGCAAUAUCACUAGAUCGAGCAGCGAAGAAAAUAUAUUAUCAACGAAACUAGAAGAUUCAUUUCUUCCGACAAGAGCGGUCCUUAGCAAAUCGAAUGACGAACUUAGCACGGAAAACUGUGAUACAAUUAACAACGAUCUUUUACAUGCCAAACACAUGAGUAGUAUAGAUAGCAUUAAGAAUGAGACUUUGACAAAUUAUAAAGCAAAAAAGAAGCUAUCGAUCGAUGAAUCUAUAAACGUGAAAGAGGAGUUAGAUGGAAAGGACACACAGCAUGACGCGAAACAGGAUUUGGGUUCAAUCGAGCUCAGUUUGAGUACGAGUUUGCAAGAAAUUAAUGUAAUCAUUAAUGAGGACAGUCAAUCUGACACUGGUAAAUUAACGCGACCAUUUAGCGAACCACCCAACCUGUAUUCCACUCGCAAUGUAACUCACUGUGAUAAUUUAACGAAUGACGGUAUGCGGCGAAAUUCGGAAUCUACCCUCGCAUCUAUAGCAACAAGAAAUACAGUACAAGUCACUUCUUCAGAAACUUGUACCUUGAACGCAAAGUCAUCCGAAACUACCUUGAAUGUUGAUUCGCAUGCUGAAAGUGCAUGUACGCAUAAUUUACAGUCUCCGAUGGUAAAAAACAGAUUCAGGAAUGUGUACGCUGUUCAUACGUCGACGCCAUCGAGUUUAUUACGACGAAGCUUGGCAACUAACGACUAUAUCUUGACUCCUAUUACUAACAAUGAUAGAAGCAUGAGUCCGAUUACGCAAAGUGCAACAAAAAUGACGAAAGCCAUGCAGGAAACUAUGAUGACUCCGCGUUCCAGGAAGCCAGUGAUGAUUGUUUCAACUUCGAAUCUAUGCAAUCUCGUCACCGGCAACAACAGCUGCGAUUUGCGUGGAUCGAAUCUGGACAUGGUUAGUGCAAUAAAUAAUUGCGCUUCCAUUUUAGAGGAAUCCCAGACGUACAACAGUACGGACAAUGCGCUGGCUCACGCGAAAGAUGUCGAGAAUAAAAAAAAUAAUAGAUUGGACACCCUCGAGAAGCAUAGCUGUGUACAAUCGAUCGCAAACUGUUGUGCCUGUACGCAACAAAGUUCGAUGUCCAUAACGAGCACGUUCAGGGAAUAUUUGUUAUCGAGAAGCGUGUUAACCGCCAGUCCCGUCGAUCUUAGUUUUACGUCACGGACAGGGGACUUUGAGCAAUCGGAAUCCGAUUUGAAUAUAUUAAACGACGAUACCCUGUCCGACAGUUUAUUGUGUUGCUUGGACGGUAACCAACCAGAAUCUGACACUUCCGGCAUAGCAUCCGGCAGCACGAAUAGCGCGAACAAUUCCACUGAGAAAACAGAGGAUUUACCUUCUCCAAGAAAACGAGGGACCAGCUUACAGCGAAACGAUUCUAAAAAAUCCGCGAGAGAAAGCGUGGUCAAGAGCACGAGAAGCGAGGAGUGCAAACAUAAGCUGCGAGACGAAUCGACAUUAAAUUCUGCGAAAAUAAAAGAUAGCUUUCAAGAGACAUCAUUUUAAGCUAUUCAUAUAAAUUAUUUAAUUAUUAGUAUUAGUAUAUCGUUAAGUAUAAGUAGGUUUCUUUGUAUACUUUAGGGCUGAAGAGAAUUACGACAUUAAUUUAAGUUUUUUUUUUUUUUACCAUUAUGACCUUAUGACAGGGUGUCUUACGCAACUGGGCAGUGCUGUAAAACGGAUUUUGGAGAUAGAAAAAAUACAAGACAAAAUUAAAUGAUUUUAGAUGCUUCACAUUACUAUGUUACUUUCGUGCAUUUUUAUAGAUAAAUGCUAUUACAAGGCGUAGUUGCGUUUUCUUUAAAUGAAAUCCUAUAUUUUCAAGUACUAAUUAAUGCAGGUUUUCCUUCUCUUUACGAAUAACUAUUAUAAAGUUAUACUUGAAGAUUGUUGCUUUAGAAAUUAUUUUAACCGACUGAUUAGAAAAAUAUCUAUUAGAUGUUCGGGGUAAUUUUUAAGCAUUACUUUAUAAUAGCUUUUUGCAGAGGAGGAAAAACUGCAUCGAUUAGUGUACUCAAAAAUAUGUAGUUUUAUUUAAAAAUAAAAAACGCAAUUGCACUUUGUAACCCACGCACAAAAAUGCAUGAAAGUAAAAAAUGU